AUGAAUCCCGAUUCGGCGACUGUGGCGAUAAAUUUGGACGGUCUCCAGAUAAAGGAUGAUUUGUUCAAAAGUGUUAAGUGUUUUAUCACGGGAUCACUUGAUCCGAAGAUAACCAAACUACUCGAAGAUGGUGGUGUAUCGCUUUCGAAAUUCAUGGACUUCAGCACACAUGUCGUGUGUGGAGAAAAUUACGACGAAAAUGACAUUACUGAAGCCGGAGAGCUAUACGACAUACCGUCAGUAACCGAGGCCUGGGUAGUGGCGUCUGCCCGAUUGGGUCGGCUAGCCUCGACGAAAGCUUACUUUCCGUUAAAGUCGGGAAUAUUUUGUGGCCUUCGGUUUGCCGUAACCCAGGUAGAUUUACGCGAUCUGCGUAAACUGUACGCCGUACUGACGUUUCAUGGAGGCACGUUCAACACUCGGUUAGAUCGUACCACUACGCACCUAGUAUGUGGUAGUGCCCGUGGUCCGGCAUACACUAAAGCUCUUACCUGUGGUACCGGUGUACAAAUAGUGACACCAGACUGGGUUUCGGACUGUUUAAAAACGAGCAGCCUGAAACCGGUGGCCGUGUAUCAUCCGAGACUGUUACGGGAACAGGUGUAUUUCAAACAAUCAGCAUCUAUGGGUGGUGCGAAAGCGACAUCGGAAAAGCAAACUCUAAACAACAUUUUAGGGUUUGACUUUGAGGAAGGAAUCGCUAAAACAGAAGUUCCUACGAAUGGUAAAAAGGAUGAUCCCAAGACCCGGCUAUCGGGGACAGAGAGUGCCGCAAAACAGGCAUCACCAGCACCGAAACAAACAGCUGGUGGGACAAACAUGAACCAUAUUCAAUCGACACCUCCUCGGUUUGUUAGGGCACAGGGCCAACAGCAACAAUUGCAGCAGCAACAAUCGCCACGGGUGCGUGGACCUGGGCCACAAAGUUCGAAUAUGCAACAUCAGCAGCAGCAGCAACAACAACUUCAAAAAGCUUUGCAACAGCAACAACAACAGCAGCAGCAACUGCAGUUACAGCAGCAACAGGUUACAAUGAAUACUCCAAAUACGAAUAUUUUACAACAAUCAUUACAACAACCGCAGCAGAAUUCGUCUCAGGCGAUGCAGCAAACAAACAUGAAUUUCCAAACGACAACGACCCCUGGCGGUACCAUUAUACAACAAAUAAUACAAACACCUAUUCAGAAUAACUCGCAACAAGGACAGCAACAGCAAUCCCAAGCAGGAAAGCAAAACAUACAAGUUUUGUAUAAGAGCGGAUUGAAUCAGCAGCAGCAACAACAGCAGCUCCAACAGCAACAAAGUGGCCAAAACCAAAUGCAGCAGCCACAAUUUAGCCAAGCAACUGUCACUACUACCCAGACAGGUCCUGAUGGUCAGCAGAAGCAGAUCGUAAGACAAAUUACGAUAAACCAAUCUCAGCUACAACCGGGCCAACAGCAACAACUGCAGCAAGGACAACAAACGAUGCAGGUGUCCCAGUCGCAACCGCUUCAACAGCAAAUUAUACAGGUACAGCGUACUGGUCUGAAUCCACCGGGACAGCAACAGCAAAUGCAAUUCCAACAAAGCAAUCUAGUGGCCACUUCGUCUCCGUCUGCUGGACCAGGACAGAUAGCGAUGGUGGGAACUAGCGGUACGCAAGCCGCAAGCGGACAGCAAGUUGGCCAACCGAAGUUUAUACAGCAAACGAUAAUCCAUCAACCUAUGGGAGCGAAUUAUCAAACUGUUACCAAACAGGUGGUUUUGGAGCAACAACAAUCGCAAGAUCAGCAUCAAGGACAACCCGCACAACAACAGCAAGUGCAAAUACAAUCGCAGCAGCAGCAGCAGCAGCAGCAGCAGCAGCAGCAGCAGCAACAGCAGCAGCAUCAGCAGCAGCACCAGCUGCAGCAGCAACAGCAAACAAUGAAAUCGGGGCAACCGCAGGUUGUUCAAAGAAUCGUACAACAGCAAGUCUUUCAAGGUCCACCUGGAUCCGCCCAAUCCGGUGGCCAAAAUAUUGUUAUCAUAAACCAAUCGACUAACCAGCAGCAAAUUAUAACAGGCACCGGAAUGCAACAGAUGAACCCACAGCAACGUCUACAGUAUAUGCAGCAGAUUCAACAACAACAAAAACAACAGCAAAUCAUAGUUAGCAGCGCUGGUUCCAUGGCCCCAAACUCCCAGCAGCAACAACAACAGAUGAUGCACCAGCGUACCAUUGUCACGUCUCAGGAUGGUGGAAACGGUGGUCAAUCCGUGAUGCUGCAGCAAAGACCACAGUUGCAGCAACAUCAGCAGAGUUCUCCUAUGAUGCAAGGGCCGCAACCACAACAGCAACAGCAGCAGGUUCCGAUUCAGGGGCAGCAGCCCCCAAUGCAGCAACAAAUCAUCCAAACCAAUUCUGGCGGACAACCGCAGACAAUAGUUGUGCAGCAGCAGCAACAACAACCGCCGAAUACAAUCGUACAGCAAGGUGCCAUGGUACAGCAGCCACAACAGCAACAGUUAAUCAUAAAUCAGCAGCAAAUCAUACAACAAACAGUAGUGCCUAAUCAGCUUCAGCAGCAGCCACAGCAACAGAUAAUACAGCAAACUAUUGGGCCUAACGGCACUCCACAGAUGGUGCAGCAACAGCAACAGCAGCAACAGCAGCAGCAAAUUCAAACAGGAAGCUUACAGCAACCAAUCAUGCAACAACAAAUUUUGACGUCUAAUGGGGGUCAGCAGCAACAGCAACAACAGAUGAUGGUUGUUGGCAACACUGGAGAGCAGCAGCAGAUGCUUCAAGCCGGUCUUGGAGGGAACGAAAUGAUGCAGCAGCAGCCACAGCAACCGCAAACGCCAACCCAAUCAGCCGGUACACCUCAACCUCAAUGGACGCCACAAAGCCCCAUGCAACAACAGACUCCCCCCGGAGCUGUUUUUCAUACACAAUCACCGCAAGCCCAAAUGCUGCAAUCUCCUGUUCAGCAGCAGCAGCAGCAACAGCAAGGAACUUCCAUGAUACCUGCGGGGGCGACAAUCGUACAGCAAACGAUAGUACAAUCCCCACAAGGUUUGGCACCCGGUCAGCCACAAUUCAUUCGCACAACUGUUCGACCGCAAAUGCAGCGACAGCUCAUCCAUCUCGACACUCAAGCAAGGGAAGAGCUGAUGAAACUGGAUCCUGCCGGACAGCAGGAGUACAUAAAUCGUCUGCAAGCCAAACAGAGCUUGAUGCAGCGUCAGCAAGCUGCAUUUCAGGGGCGGCCAGGACAUCCGGGAGCUCAUCCCGGUGCUCGACAGCAGAUUGUCAUUCGGAGCCCAAUGCCACCGGGCUUGAACCAGCAGCAGCAAGUCCGUUGGUUGCAUCAUCAGCAACAACAGCAAAUACAGCAACAGCAGCAGCAGCAGCAACUACAAAACGCACGGCAAGUUGUUGUGCGCCAACCCGGUGCACCGGGGCUAAGCCCAAUUACGCAACACACUGUUGGACCUGGCCCGGUUCUGGGAACAAACUAUCAGACGGAUCCGAAUGCUACUCCGGCACAGCAGCAACAGCAGCGCUUGCAGCAGCAUCGCCUACUCCAGAUGCAGCUACAGCGAGAACAGGUUCAGAAAAAUCAGCAACAAGCAGCAACUGCUGUAGCAGGACAGCAAGCUGGAUCAUCGCCCCUGCAGAACCAAAUGAUGUCUCCACGCACGGCAGGGGGAGGAUUCGCACCGGAAGUGGUGGUUGGAGCGGAUGGUAGCACGAUGGUGGUGCAACAGCAGUCACUUGUUGGACCGCAAACAGGAACACAACAACAAGUUGUUCCCUCGCAAGCGCCGAUCGAUGGAACCGGCACUCCUGUCGGUUCGCUACAGGCACAGCAACAGAUGCAAAAUAAGACAAAAACCGCGCUGGCAAAUAUGUUGUCUAGCCGAUUGGGCAAUGGUGGAACGGCUCCGGCAGGUGGUGUUACCACAGUAGUAGAUGGUAGUCCGAGUGGUCAGAGUGGAGCAAGUGGAGAACCUUCCGCUGCCGGUACGUUAAGAUUGAUGACAGCGCAGCAUAAUGCAUCGUUACAGCAACAGACGAUGGGACGCUCUUCUCAGGAGUUGCUAGCACUUCAGCAGCAACAACAGCAGCAGCAGGUCCAACAACAACAGCAGCAGCAGCAGCAACAGCAGCAGCAUCAGCAGCAACACCAACAAGUCCAACAGCAGGUUCAUCAGCAACAAGUUCAUCAGCAGCAGAUCGUUCGUCGUACGCUCGGUAACAUUACCAACAGUGGAAUGCCGGUUGCUGGUGGCGGUGCUCCUAUGGUUGUAGGCCCGGCCGGCGGCCCUGUAGUCGUUCAAACUGCGGGAGGUGGCCCUGGAAUCAUCCCGAUACCACCCGGAGCCGGUGGUCCAGGCGUAAUGAUGCAGAAGGGAGCUCCCGCACAGUUCAGUCCAGGACGGCCGACACCGUUACCUCGACCCCAAUACUACGGUCACAACCCGAAUCUAAAGCUGCAUCCGGAACUGUUCCUGCUCGGGUGCACUUUCCAUAUCAUCGAGUACGAUGAGCUGCACACCGCGGCUGAGAUCGACGAAUGGAAGACGAUCAUCAAGAAACAUGGUGGCGAGAUCGAGUCGUUCUAUGGGCCGAAGGUAACACAUGUGCUGUGCCGAACGCAACGUCACGGCGUAGUUAUGCAGGCCAUUCGCGAUGCUAAACGAUGCAUCACCUCAUACUGGCUGAAUGACAUCGUGCUGAAACGACAAUUGUUGCCUCCGUGGCAGGCACUGCAUCUACCUACGCCAGCAAUUUUCGGCAAUCAGAAGCCAGCUACGAAGCACAACAUGUCCAUUACCGGGUUCGAGGGUGAGGAACGGAUGCGUAUUAAGCAGAUGAUCGAAGAGUCCGGGGCACGGAUGACGCCCUACUUCUCCAAGUCGAACACCGUGCUGAUCUGCCGGCAGGUCGAAAAUCAAAAGUAUAAGUUCGCUAAAGAGUGGAACGUACCUGCGGUCAACACAGUGUGGUUGAGCGAUAUACUGCUGGGGAAUCUGAACGCGAUGCAGCAGUGCGAAGCGCCGAAAUAUCAGCAGUUUACACUUAGCUGCCACUUUCGCGUCGACUACAACCUGGUGAUGCAUCUAAUGACUGCGUGGAAAUCACCGAUAAAUCUAACUCAGGAAUCGCAUGAACGGGUAAAACGAACCCUGAGCGAAUUGGCUCCACCUAUUACGGGUGCAAAGAAGCAACGCACACUUCCACCGAUGGAGUCAAUUCCGAUGGAGAUAGUAUGCCAGCGGCAACCGGUCGCCGAUGCCAUACCGCAUGUACUGUUUUCGCAGGUCGAUAACAGCGAGGGUCUGACGCGCGCUAUAACAACGCUUGGAGGAAAGGUGACGAACAGCCCGACAGAAGCAACCCAUCUUGUAAUGACACGAGUCGCUCGCACAGUGAAACUUAUCCUAGCCUUAGUGACCGCGCGUCAUCUAGUAAGCAGCAAGUGGGUAACGGAUAGUGCAGUAGCAGGCCAGUUUCUUCCGCUCGAUAAUUACCGAUUGGAUGUAGGCGAACUAAACGAGCAGUUCAAAUGUGAUCUGCACCAGGUGCUGGAAGCACCCGGCCGUAGCAAGCUGUUCGAGGGCAAAGUGUUUUUCGUCACGCCGCAGGUGAAACCAGCCCAGAAGGAUGUGCGGCAGAUGAUAGAGUUGGGCGGUGGAGUGGUGGAAAAAAAUCCCCGCACGAUCAAGCGGAUACGCGAGGCAAACACGGAAAAACCCGGCAGCUAUGUUAUCGUUAGCUGUCCCGAGGAUCGCGUCAUCAUACAGCCAUUCAUACAGAAGACUAAACACGCGGUGUGUCAAAUUUGCACCACCGAGUACGUGAUGCAAUCGAUCAUGCUGCAACGAUUGUGCAUAGAACCGCACAUUAUCAAAUGGGAGCUUGGAGCUUAGACGCUGCGUGCUCGAUCGCCAUGGCGCGGAGCCAUAAAUCUGCGAGUAAUGCAAAUUAUCAGGGAAGUGGAAUCACUAUGCAGAGUAUCGAUGACGAAAGAAGGACAUAAAAGCCUUGCAAAAGGUGUCUCUAUUAUAAAAAUAUGUGUUAAUUGAAACAAAGGGUUAAAAAUCUAAAGGAACAGCAAUGAGAGCAAUGUGACUAUCAACUGAGGAAAAUUCGUUUGUAGAGGUAAAUAUAUAGAUGAAAACCAUCAAAUCUCACCAUAGAUGGUAUUAUUGAUGAUUAGUAGCAUAGUGUACAUGUAAACAAGUGUAAAUGUUUUUUUUAGUAAGCUGGCCAGUUUCUUGGUCGAAAAAGAAUAAAAUACUAUAGAUUUGUUUGCGAAUCAAAUUAACCUUGCGGA